AGCCACUGCACACGUGGAUCCCUGGGGUGCUGACUCGUCCGAUGUAGACAUUCUCACUGAGAUAGACAGUGUGCUACGCCAGACACGCCAACUACUGCACGACAAGUAUCAUCCGGCCCUACACACCCGCCCCAAGGGACUGGACUUUGAGGGCGGGUACAAGGCCAAGGUAUGGGUGUGA